AUUGUAUGAAUCAUUUUAACAAUUGUAAAUGGCCUAAAGAUUAGACAGAAAACAUCUAGAGAAUACUGCUGGAUCUUGGAUACUUUCUACUUAUUGUCUAUUGAAAUUACCAACAGGAAAACAUCACAAUUCAAGUUAUGUAACGUUUAAUCGAUGUGGUAAAGGAAUAACAACACCGAAUGACAGCAUAUUUAACAGAAAUGAAAGUUCACAUAAUAACAGAAAUAUUGGUAACGUAAUCAGCGUUGAAAGUUGCCAAAAACGAUUGAAGUUGUUAAGAGGAAACGAAAAUUCGCAGUUUUACUUUUUGACUCUGGACAAAGACCGGAUAAUAGAUGCUGGACCGAUGGGUAAUAAUUCUCGCUUUAUGAACCAUUCUUGCGACCCUAACUGUCGUAGCGAGGUUUGGCAAGUAGGAAACGACAUUCGCAUAGGCGAAGAACUAACUUUUCACUAUAAUCUCGAUUCCACGAUUACAGACCUCAAGGAAACAAAGUGUCAUUGCGGUUCCAAAAACUGCCGAGGAGUGAUUGUCUGUUUAUCGUCGUUGCAUGCUAACUUCGCGAUCGAUAUGUGCCACGUAUCAAAUAAAUAUGCUCAAUCUGAAAACAGUAAUAUCAUAUGUUACAUGGUUCUGCCCAUAACCAUCAUUUAUUAUCUUUUUUUGUGGCACUUGACUGCGGCUCCAUAG